AUGCUGGGAAUGGUCAAGUAUGCUGAAGUCAUACUGUUAUUCUCAAUUAUAUAUUUUGCUUUUGCUGAGAAAAUAAACUUGAACGGAAAAUGGGCAUUGCUAAAAGUGGGAAUACCAAAGGUUUAUGAAGGAAAUGUUCCUGGGGACGUUUAUAGUGACCUGUUCAAGCAAAAUGUUAUUGGGGAUCCCUUGUAUGCGGACAAUGUCAUCAAAUAUCAGUGGAUAGGACAAUCUGACUGGAGUUAUUCUCGAAAAAUUUCCUUGUCGGAUUCGCAGCUUCAGACUAAACACAAAGUGCUCAGUUUCGAAGGAUUGGACACAAUAUCACAUGUGAAGUUCAAUGGGAACACUGUUCUGUCUACUAACAACAUGUUUCUGAAAUACUAUGUCGAUGUUUCGGAUUUAGUUCGAAGGGAAAAUAUUUUAGAAGUCCGUUUCAAAUCACCUGUAAAGACAUCCAAAAACUUAUCUGAUGAGUACAAGCAAACAUACGGACAUGCCGUUCCGCCACAAUGCCCACCGGAAAUUUAUCAUGGAGAGUGCCAUAUAAACAUGAUAAGAAAAGCCCAAUAUCAUUUCUCUUGGGAUUGGGGACCUUCUGUGGCUACAAUGGGAAUUUGGAAACCCACUAGUUUAUUCUUAUUGAAUGAACCUGAAUUAAUAGAUUUUUCUUGGGUCGUCAAACCAUCAGAUGAUAAUUGGAUCGUCAGUGGCGAUAUAAGCUUCUUACCUACCCAUUACAUGAGAGAGGAUGACUGUAAAAUCACUGUUGACGGAACUUCGAAUGUGAGUGUCAGAGCUCGUCUUCAGCUGACAUCUAUACAAUUGGUUUCGAGUGUACCAUUUGAACUGGUCAUACCGAAGAAAAGAGUAGAAUUAUGGUGGCCAAAUGGGGAAGGCGCUCAAACCUUGUACACUAUCAACGUACAGUGCUUUGAACAAGAAAUCAACAAAAAAAUUGGAUUUCGUGAUAUACAACUAGUUCAAAGCUAUGUCAAUACCAAUAAUGCUACUCAGGGUAGGAACUUCUUCUUCAGAGUUAACGACAGACCUGUGUUUCUUAAAGGUUCCAACUGGAUACCUGCUACUAUGUUUGUUUCUUCCAAUUAUACUUCAAGAGCAAAAUUUUUACUCGAUUCUGCAGCUGAAGUUGGCAUGAACGCUUUACGUGUUUGGGGCGGAGGAAUUUAUGAAUCUGAGGAAUUUUAUAAUUAUGCCAAUGAGAAAGGAAUAUUAGUUUGGCAGGAUCUGAUGUUCGCAUGCGCAUUGUACCCCAUAAACGAAGAGUUCCUAACAAAUAUCAAGAAUGAAUUGAGACAGCAGAUUUGGAGACUCCGGAAGCAUCCUUCUAUCUUAUUAUAUGCAGCAGACAAUGAGCUUGAGGUGGCGAUCAGAGGACAUUGGUUCUCAGAUAAAUCCUUUUCCGAGGAGGCCCAAAUUCAAGACUAUCUCAAAAUACGCUCGAAGGUUAUUAAGCCUAUUGUGGCAGUCAUUGAUCCGACCAGGCCGUUGCUUCUAUCAAGUCCUAGUAACGGAAAUGCAGAGGAAAUCAAAGAUAACUUACCAUCGAAUCCUAACGAUAACUUGUACGGAGACAUACAUAACUACGACGAGUUUGUGGAUCAGUGGCACGAUAGCUCAUAUCCAACACCUAGAUGUGCUACAGAGUAUGGUGUUCAAAGUCUGCCUUUCAGGCGCACAAUGCUGAAGUAUUUACCUCAAAGCGAUUGGUACUAUUCGAGUCCCAACUUCUUCCAUCGUCAGCAUCACCCCGGCGGAGUAGCAACCAAUCUUGCUGUAGUAUACACUCAUUUCCCUAUUAGCGAACAAUGUGUUGGUUUCUCACAAAAUAACAUAACAUCAUGUUCUUUCGUUGCCAACAGUACCAAAUUUCUUGACCGGUUUUCCUAUUUCUCACAAGCGCAUCAGGCAAUUAUGUAUAAAACGCAGACAGAACACUACAGAAGGUAUCGCGGGCGCACGACUACUGACGGUAUUGGAAACACUAUGUGUGCGCUUUACUGGCAACUUAAUGAUGUUUGGGCAGCUCCGACUUGGUCUUCGAUAGAUUUUGAUCUCAACUGGAAAAUUGUUCAUUACGAAGCGAAAAGAUUUUUCUACCCUAUAGCUGUUUCUUUGUUCGCUUCUUCUGAGUAUGAUCUGGGACUAGCUGUGAUUAAUGACACUCCUGAUCUACUGGAGAAGUACACUGUUCAUUUGAAACAGUUCGCUUGGAACAAUGGUUUCACUCCUGUGUAUAAAACAAAGUAUACGGUGAAUAUGGAACCGUUAGCUGGCAAAGAAAUAUCCUUAGACGAGUUCUCUGAUUAUGGCAGCGACUAUUUAUUUGCCGCGUCUAUUCGUAACUCAGAGCACGUUCAAGUUGGUUACGAAACUGUGCUUCUACCAGACAAACUUUACGAGGUGGACUUCUCCUUGUUUGGUGAUAUAACUGUCAUAUCCGUUUUGCGAUUGGGUGACAACAAGUACAGAGUUGAUUUAGAAGCCACUGACUUGUCUCCUUUAACUUGGGUGACUUGUCACAACGAAGCAGUUGCUUGGUUUUCAGACAACGGAUUUACCAUGACAAAGCCCAAGAAACACAUUUAUCUCUAUACUAAGCAUCCUCAAAUUAUUAAUAUUAACGAUAUUACAGUGUGUAAUUUAAAGACAUGUGGUGAGCUGUGA